AUGCAUGUUUCCGUCGGGGCUAGAGAGGGUAGGGGGGCGGGGACCCGAGGACCGCCCUCCCUCGUCGGUUCACUUCCGGCUAGGCCUUGUCAGAUGCACGUCCCGCCCCUCGCCGUGCCAGCGGGCACUAGACGCGCCGGCGCGAGAGAACGAGGAGGGACUACAAUUCCCGACGAGCACUGUCCUGCCUUCCUCCCGCGGGAACUCCCCAACUGUGUGCACAUUCACGCAUGCGCGCCUGGCCCGGCUUGCCAGAGUUGGACCAGGGUGUUAUUGAGAUUGGGCGGGAAAGCUAGGCCCGCGCGAAGGCAGAGGCGGUUUUCCUUCCAGAUUUCUAGAGGGAGGAUCAACAUGCCCAAGAGGAGGAAGCCACAGAUUUCAGGAGAUGCAAGCCAUGUUCUUAAAUCCAAAAAGAUCCCAAGGAUAGGAGACACUGACAUGAAGCCUGAGAACUCUGGAAUGGGAGGAUACUUUAAUUUGGAAGAUUCAGAAAUAGCAACAGUCACUAAACAAGAUGGAGAAGAGAGUAGCCAAGCAGAUAUCAGGACAGUCGAUGAAAGAACAGAUGAUCCUACUAAUGAAUGGAGGCAAACAAGAAAGGACCCAGUUCCCUUUUCUUUUUCCCAGAACUCAGAAAUGAAGUUUGUUCCAAUGUUUGCGCAAUCCAAGAAAUCUUUGACACAAAAAACUGAGAGAAAGGAAAAAACUGCUAGGAGUAGCAACACUAAGCAGAUAAUGUUUCCAGAGUCUAAUCAUCAGAAGGCAGAAAAUAUUCAGUUUGAUGAGCCAUUGGUGGCAACUAUCUGGAAAGACAGGGAGUUGGAAGAUCAGAAGCAAAAGGGAUUUUUGAUUACUGAAAUGGACAGUGUUGGUGGUGGGAAAGUUCUACUUUUUCAGGAGCAGGACAGCCAAAGCCUCUUGAAGCCCACAGAUGGAAGCUAUUAUAGUGCUGCUGGUACAUUCAACAAUACUCCUCAAGAGAUGGGAAGUAUAAGCCCUAUGCAAGAAAGAACUAACAAAGAGCAUCUUUCAGGGGGAAUGACAAAUACUUUGAAUGGCAAAAAUCCAGAAAGCAAGAAUUUGGAAUCUGGCUCCCUUGUUGAAAUGGAAAUGAACAGUACACCAGUGUAUGAGAAUUUGGCUGUAGGCAGCCAUAGCCAAAAAGAAGCAGCUCAGUUAUGCAGUAAUACUUUAAUACCACAACAGAACAGACCUCUGCCAGACAUAAGAGCCACCCACGAAGGUGACAUUGCUGAAGAGAAAGUAGGAACUUCAACCACAUAUGGGCUUAUAGGAAGUUUAUGUAGUAAUGCCUUUCCUGAGGGACAAGGAAAGAGGGAAGAAAGUAGCUCACCCAUGAGUCCAUCAGAUUCUAGCUUAACAACUGCUAGAGAACAAAGUAUUGGCAAAGAGAACCCUUGGGACAAUGCUUCAGAACAGGGGUACACUGAUAAUAUGCCACAAUCCAACAAGAUGAACCAAAAAGCAAAACUCAGCCAUGACAGCCAAGGGUCCAGAAUGUUGAGGCAGGAAAGUCUUAGCUACUCAUGUCCCGCAGAUACUGACUUGAAAGUAAUCACAGAUAUUUCUGAAUCCAAAGGGAGAGUACAGGUUUCUAAGAUUAGCCAGUCUAUCAAUGGAAGCACUGGAGUGCCUUCAUUUUCCAAUAGAAACUCCUCUGUCGAGGUCCUUCUGGAAGGAACCCCUGAUACUGAAAAGGGUAGGAAAGAUAAAGAGGCAAGACAUGAAGGUGAGCCAUCUGAAGGCAUCAGGGCGGUCUCUGACCAUUUGGCUUCUAUUGUAUCAGCAACUGAGGAUCUUAUACCCAAAACUGAACGCAAAGAUACCAUAGUUCUAGCCCUGGAAAAAGAGAAUCUGUAUCCAGGUAUGGAACAGAAACAGGUAACUACCAGCACUGACCAAAAGGAAGUAAGUCACCUUCCAAAGACAAGAGUCACAUCUCCAUGGCUGAUGGAUUUGGUAGAUGAAAAUGAACUGGGGUUAGGUAUCAUCGGUGGGAGAAGCGAGCAAAAUCUUGGUCUCCCUAAAGAAAGCAAUCUAUCAGUUAGCACUGCUUGUUUGUUCAUAGGGGAAAAGAUGACAGCUGAUCCUGCCGAAGAAACUGAGUCCGACCUCAACAGUGGAAAAGUUCCUUCAGAAAAGAUAGGUUUGUCUGAGAGCGGAUGUAAUUCUGAAGAUCACACUGACUGGGGAGAAUCCUUAGCUCUGGAACUAGAUUUUUUGCCAGACAGCCAGAUACGUGAUGCUCUUGAUGACCCUAACUUUGGAUUUCCAUCCGAGCAAGCAUCUCCUGUGGAGAACAGGUUGGUUCCCUCCUUGCCUGGAAAAAAUCCUCAUCCUGAUGAAGAGCAAGUUCCCUCAAAGUCUCCAAUGGCCCUGAAAAGCACUUCUUCCCACAGCAAGCUACAGCGUAGGGAUGAGAUGGCAGAAAGCAUCUGUGACCCCCCAAGAGAAGACGCCACAGCUAUUGUCUGUGGCCUGACUGUUGAGCUGUCUAACCUCAACCGACUGAUCAUGAGUACCCACAGGGACCUGGAAUCCUUCAGACGCCUAAAGCACCGAAAGGGAAAAGCAGCUGGGAAGCAGCCCCCUUACCAGUUUCCCUAUCCCGCAAAGGGAGUGACACAUUGCUCCCAUCCUGUGAAAAAAUGGAAAGAGAAGUAAAGCUGCAGGACACUUGAAAAAAACAGUUCAGGUGGCUCAGACCUCAGAGCCUCUUCAAGGUUUAUGUGUUUUUCUUUCCUUCCAGGUAUUAGAAGGUCCUUCAAAGUGAAGUGUUUAACUCUGACCAUCUGAAGCAACUGUUUUCUCUCUCUCUGAAACAGAUGUUUAAAAGGUCUCUUAACAGCCUUUGGUAAAAAACAAUAAAGCCUGAGUAUAGU